AUGAGAGCUUCUAUUGCUUUAUCCACUCUUUUGGCCCUUGUUGCCGCCGCUCCUUCCCGGAUUCACCACCACCACGAGCACAAGAGAGCCGUCACUAUUACCGUUGACCAAAACGGCAACCAAGUCGAGGCUUCUUCCACUUUGGAGAAGAAGGAUUCUACCUCCGGCUCUCCUUCUGGUUCCGGCUCCGGUUCUCCAUCGUCUUCGCAGCCUCAGUCCCAGUCCUCCUCGUCUGGUUCCUCAGCCUUGGGUGAUCUCGCCGCAUUUGCUGAUCCUAGUGUCGAGUUCCAGGACGGUGUUCAUGACUGUGACUCCUUGCCUGUUGGCCAGGGUGUCGUUUCUGUGGACUGGAUUUCCGGCUUGAACGGAGGCUUUACUUCCAUCAUGAACCAGAACGGUGAUACCUCGUCCACAUGUAAGGACGGCUUCUACUGCUCCUACGCUUGUCAGGCUGGUAUGUCCAAGACCCAGUGGCCUUCCGAGCAGCCAUCUUCCGGUAUUUCUGUCGGUGGUUUGUACUGUAAGAGCGGAAAGUUGUACAGAUCCAACCAAAACUCCAAGUACUUGUGUGAGUGGGGUGUCCAGAGCGCCAACUUCGUGUCUAAGCUUGACAAGGAUGUUGCCAUCUGUAGAACUGACUACCCAGGUUCCGAGAACAUGAACGUGCCAACCUUGUUGGGAGCCGGUUCUUCUGCUCCAUGUACUGUUGUCGACUCCGACAACUACUUCAACUGGAACGGAGGUAAGACUUCUGCUCAGUACUACGUCAACAACGCCGGUGUCUCCGUCGAGGAUGGAUGUAUCUGGGGUACUGCUGGCUCUGGUGUUGGUAACUGGGCUCCUGUUGUUCUUGGUGCCGGUAAGGUUGGAUCUCUCACCUACUUGUCUUUGAUUCCUAACCCAAACAACAGUGAUGCUCCAAACUACAACAUCAAGAUCCAGGGUGUGGACGGUGCCUCUACUGUGGGCUCUUGUUCUUACAUUGACGGCUCGUACUCUGGCAGCGGAUCUGACGGAUGUACUCUUACUGUUACUUCUGGUACUGCUGAGUUCCUCUUCUAUUGA